CGACGCAACGACUCCUUCCGGGUUACUGUGGUGACCUUGGUCGGUUAAUCAUCAUGGCGGCUAUCGUCAGGUUGAGUUCUGUGUGUCGCAGAGGAAUCAAUCCUCUCUUCUACCAAAGCUCUGUGCUGGCCAGGCCGCUGGCCGUACCACUCAAACCGCAGGAGCAGCCGUACCUGCUGACGGCGAGGAUCCACUCAUCGCAGGCCCUCUACGCGGGUUCUGAAUCCAAAGCGGCCUCGCUGCACUGGACGGCGGAGCGCGUGCUGAGCAUCCUGCUGCUGGCCAUGGGCCCCGUGGCCUACCUCCACCCCAGCCCCAUCGUGGACUACUCCCUGGCCGCCGCCCUCACCCUGCACGGACACUGGGGCAUCGGGCAGGUGUUAACAGACUACGUUCACGGGGACACAAAGAUCAAGGUGGCGAACGCAGGCCUCUUCCUCCUCUCCACGGUGACGUUCGCCGGCCUCUGCUACUUCAACUACAACGACGUGGGCAUCUGCAAAGCCGUGGCCCUGCUGUGGAGCAAGUGAUGAACAGGACUGUGACGCUCGGGAGCGGCCCGACGCCGACUGUAAAGAAAGAGGAAAACAAGAAAAAAAAAAAAAACCAAGGUGUUCUUUGUAAAUUCUUAUAAAUAUAUCAUUUUGACAAUAUUCUGUUAAUUCACUAGCUUGUAAUUGCUUUUCGUGUCAAAGGCUAACGUUGCGGACUGACGCUCCCUGGCCGGUUCGUCGGUUAAGCCGGGACCGGCGACUCAUGGUUGCUGCUGCCGCCGCCCCCCCCCCCACACCCCGGCCGAUCCGGCAGCCGGUGUGAGACAGAGGCGCUCGCCGCCGUCGCGUCGUCUCAUCACUCGUAGUCAAACCUUCACGUUCCCUGCUCGCACGCUCCAUGUGGGUUUGUUUGUGUCCAGUCGUGAACGCCGCUGGGGGGGAAAUGACGCUCGUGUACAAAAUCCGCAUCAUUUAUUUAAAUUGCUGUUUUACCUGAUGUUCCGGAAAUGCUGUCAGUCCGACUGUAAACAGGCUUUGUCUCAGAUGUAAUAAACUGCUGCAGAUGGGGA